GGGACUUGUUGUUGAUAAAAACUGGGGUAAAUGUCGGAUGUUUGUGCGGAGUCACCGUCCUGACAGACUCGGAGAGGUUAUAUAACUACACCCAGCGCGUCUGACUGCCUCUGUCCUCUUUCAGCAGCUCCUUCCUGUCAAAGUGCCGCAGUCUUCAGCGAGUCAAAUGGGUGAGAAGGGGGAACAGAGCGCCGAUGGAGUUAAAUAUUACAGGCUGUCAGAGAUCGAGGAGCAGAACUCGUUCAAAUCAACGUGGAUCAUCAUCCACCACAAAGUCUACGAUGUCACCAAGUUUCUGGACGAGCACCCCGGAGGAGAGGAGGUGCUGAGGGAGCAGGCGGGAGGAAACGCCACCGAGAGCUUCGAGGACGUCGGACACUCGAGCGACGCCAGAGAGAUGGCCGCCAGCAUGGUGAUCGGAGAGCUGCACCCGGACGACAGACACAAGCUCGUCAAACCGGAGGAUACACUAGUGACCACUUUGACUGAACAGGCCAGCUGGUGGACUAACUGGUUGGUUCCGACUCUGGUCGCCAUCAUCGUCACGCUGAUAUACCGCAUGUACGCCACAGACAGCGAGUGACAUCAGAGGACGUGCAGCUGUGAUGUCAUCGACAGGCACUUCAGCAAAGCGCCGCAUCAUGUUAUUGACACCUGCGUCAUCCAGUGGCGGCGGAGCCUGACGAGGAAGAGACGGACCAACGAGCAUUCGAUUGGUGGAUUAAAAACAUCAUCGUUGGUUUUCUCCUGUCGCCGCACUACAAUUCCCACGAUUCAUUACAUGCUGUUCAGCUGACCAAUCACAAGGCAUUACGUCAAUGAAGUCAUUUCUGUAGAAUUUUUUGAAACGUGGAUGUUUUAUAAAAUCGUGCUGAUCGGAAAUCUUCUAGAGAUGCAGUGGAUGUGUAAUUUGUCUUAUCUUUUUAUAUCCUUGCAACUGAAUGUAAAUGAGUAUAAAUAUGCAGUCAUCACUGUCAUAACAUUAAACACUGAUCACGUCUUGAA